AUGAAGAAACCGGACGACGCAGAAUAUGAGGACGCCUACAUGAAAGACUCAAUAAAUGAUAUUGGCGUCUUUCACUCCAUGUAUAUUGUGAAUAAAGGAGUGGGUAACGCAUUCGCAAGCAACGUACCCUCGUCAUUGGCGAAUUUGAAAAAUCUCGAAGCAUUGGACCUAUCACGCAAUCAGCUGUCCGGACAGAUUCCUAGAGAACUUGGCAGACUAUCUUUUUUGUCAGCCAUCAACUUCUCCCACAACCAUCUCGAAGGUCCGGUACCACGAAGCACGCAGUUUCAAAGUCAGCCUUGUUCUUCGUUCGUGGACAACCCCAAACUAACUGGUCUUGAGGAAAUCUGUGGAGAAAAUCGUGUCCCGGUUCCUAUAUCACAAGAAUCAAAAGAGUUGUUGAAAGGAGAAGAAAAAGUGGUGAACUGGAUCGCAGCAGCAAUCGCCUUCGGACCUGGUGUCUUCUGUGGAUGGUGA